AUGCUGAGCUUGCAGUUGAUUUGUGAUUUAGACCAUGCACUGAGAUACGCGAAAGAAAAGCCUGACAAAUAUUUUGGAGGUGCUGCAUUCAUUAGCUCUGGGGAUUUCUACCAAUAUCCACCUGUUGGAGGGACACCUCUGUUCUCACCCAUCUCGUCAUAUGCCCCUCAGACAGAGCAGGAGAUGCUCAAAUGGCUUGGCCGGCUUGCUUGGAAGACCAUUGAUACUGUCGUAACCCUCACAGAACAACAGCAUAUGAAGUCAGAUCCAGAGUUCGGUAAUGCGGUGCAAUGGUUGCUGUCUGGCAAUGUACAUACCAGGAUGUUGAUCUGUUUAAUUCACGUGUCAUUCAAUCAACAGAGGAACCGCAGGGGAUUGACCUUAGCACACCACUGUAUCUCGCUUCAGCAGCAAUUGUAA